CCAUCACUAGCACACUGAGCCUGGCUUUUGGGCGUUGUUUUCGUAGCAGCAAAGUGGCUGAAAUUAAUAACAUUUAAGAGCAGAAGUGUGUAACACACCUGAAUGGGACUUGUGCCAAUCUCAGUGACCACCAAUCGCGCGCAAAUGACCAUUGAGCAUUGUGCAGCAGGCUAUUGAGGCUCUUGCAAGUGACCACACCCCUAUAAGACUAUGUCCACAAUCGAAGAGGAACGCAAGGCGUACGAAAAGAAUCCCUACUUCACCGGCCACAUCUACGGCAACUUCUCGCCGUUUUAUGUGACCAUUGCCAUCUGCACGGUUGUCCUGGGCACGAUCAUAAUACUGAACAUUAUCUUGGGCUGCUGCUCCAAGCAUCGCAAGUACUGGCAGGACAGGCACACGGGCAAUCGCUGGUUGGUUUCCAUUUGGUCUGCCACGCCCCACAAUCAGCCGCCAUUGGAUUUCACUGAGCUGAAGGACGCCUCAUACUUUCAGCGCUUCCAUCCCACAACCCAUCAGCAAGUGUUCCCCGACGACGUUGUCAUCGGCGUUGACGACUUGGAGCCCGUGCACUCGGCGCACCAUCAUCAUCACCAGCAGCAGCACCAGCGUCCACCACGUCCAGAGGGUCGCACUUUGCACCAGCAGCGCCAGCGCGAGGAAUACGUGGAGUUGCAGAAGCGCGAGAGCGACAUCUAAGUAGCAAUGGCUCUUUACUUCCUUUAUCCCGCCGUGGCCGCCGUCGCCCUGUUCAUCGUGGGCGUUAUCAUUGUCAUGCUGCGCUACGGACCGCGUUUGUGCGGUUUGCGCCACCAUGCGCUUCCCGAUGACGAGGAUCUGCGGGGAAAGACGUAUGAGCAUGAGAUUAGCUAUGCCUAAUAUUGGGGUGUUCAGGGGUGUCCCAUUAAUCCCAUUCAACCAAUGGGUAUUGUUGGUGAUUUCUUGGACAGCCCUGCCUUUAAUUUACAUACUUAUACAUGCCGGCAAUGCUACGAAUUGCUUCUUAUAUAUCUCUCUCCCCCCAAAACUAAUCCUAGCUACUGUAAGAGCCCACUAACCCGUCUGCACCCACCAACCAUAUCAGUUUUGCAUGCAGUACAAAUAGUUUCAUUAGCAACCAGUUUUGUUCGAGCCGAUUCCAUUCCAUUAAUCGCAAUCUGACAAUGUGCCUUUCACGUAGAGACUCGUAAGAAAUUUAUACCGUCCAAGUGUCUUUUCUAGCGCCGUAAGAUCGAAUUGUAUUUUUACAUUUAAUACCCAUUUAGGGUAGUCUGUCUACAGAUGCUGCAUUUAAUGUUGUCCAAUAUUCUACUCGUAUGAAAAUAUCAGUGUCUUGUAUCUACUACAAACUCUAUACAUUUGUAUUCGUCCAUUAGUUUUGUAAUAUUGUAUUUUGAAGUUGCAUCAAAUAAAUCUACGGCCCCCAAAAU